AUGGUCUCCUUCGAUGUGACGUCGCUAUUCACAUCCAUCCCACCAAACGUUGCCCGCGAAGUCUUGCGCAAGAGACUUGAAGAGGCGUACGAUGAGACUCAGAAUGCCCUCAAAAUUGAACACCUCAUGAGGCUGUUUGAAUUCUGCCAACAAACUUUCUUCACUUUUGCGGGAGAGACCUAUAAACAAAUAAAGGGAACCCCAAUGGGCUCACCGGUCUCCGGUUUGGCGGCAGAACUGGUCAUACAGGAGUUAGAAAAAAUUGCCUUCCUCCAACAUGAACCGGUGUUUUGGCGCCGUUACGUUGACGACACGUUCGUCAUCGUAAAGAAGGACAUGCUGGAACAUUUCCGCAGCCUGCUCAACGCAGUCUUCCCGGAUAUAAAAUUCACGAGGGAAGAAGAAUAG